GAGGUGUGCUGACCAGGCGGAUGGUUGGCGGUCAGUGCAACAACAGUUGGUCAUCUCGUUGGUUGCUGCAGUGCCAGGAAGUGGUAGAAAUGGUACUUGGUCAACGCAAUGUACAACAGCAGGUCCCUGCAAGCCUUGUUCGUAACCUUUGCUCCUGUGUUCACCGCCAGAUUACUAUGUCCCAAAACCUUGGCUGCAACUGCAUCAUACAUGGCUGCCGCAACGAUUAGAUUUAGAUGGACACGCCGAGUCACCAUGGUAAGCCGGGGUAGAGACACUGUGCCAUGUAUUCGUAAGGAUGUGCGAUGCGCCGCCGCGGAUCACUUUCCGGAUGCUAGCAGUGUUUCUGGAAGUCUGGAAGAUGGGGCGGGAGUAGCGAAAAGAUUGGGUGGAUUGUCGAACCGGAUCUUUGGUGUUUUACAAAAGCGCUCGCCGGGUUCCAGCCUGCUGGGGAAGCAGAUGGCCACGGCUUAGGUGGACAUGGUGACGUUGUCUUGGAGGUUAGUGACUCUGAAGUCUGGAAAAAGUAGCUUCCUAGAAGUUGUGUGGUGGAGGGUCGGGGAAAGAGAUGAGACGGAGCAGAAUUCGAGCAGCU